GUUUGUGCUGAACAGAAAUCUAUUCAGUUCGAUAAGAUUUUGCUUUAAUUGACAGAGUGAGCUUGGUUCAAAAUCCAAGUGUCAGAUAAUUAAAUUUUCAUUCUGAUAUCUAGUUUGCAAUUCCUUGGAUACUAAUAUUUAUUCUGACACUGAAAUUUUUUCUGCGUCGGAGCUCAACCUUAAAAUUGAAAAGAACCAUAAUUUUUGCAGUUUUCUGAGUUUUUUUUAACAAUGGGAGGCUGUGAAAAAAUUGGCAACUGUUGUUCAGCGGCAAAUACGGCGGUGGAGCCAGCAAGUGCAAUAAACUUCCAGAAUCUAACUCUGGAAACGCAAAUGAGACUGUUACACCAGCAGAAUGGGAGCGGGAUCAAUUCACCGAGUCCUCCCGACUCCGAGACGGGCGAUGGAGACUCGGCGUUCUCGGAAGAGGACUCGUGUUUCGUCAGUCUGAAAGACAAGAUUAAUCAGAGGCUCCAAUCUGGAGACAGGUGGUUUUCCCUGGAGUUCUUUCCACCCAGAACCGCAGCUGGGGCUGUCAACUUAAUCAAUAGGUUCGAACGGAUGGGCAAGGGACAGCCACUGUUCUGUGAUGUGACCUGGCACCCGGCUGGAAACCCUGGAAGUGACAAACCAACGAGCAGCAUGACCACAGCAGCUGCUAUGCUCCACUUCUGUGCCCUGGAGACAGUGCUCCACAUCACGUGCUGCAACAUCACCAGGGAGGGAAUCCGCCAACAUCUGGACAAAGCAAAGAGGCUGGGAAUCAGAAAUCUGGUUGCACUCAGAGGAGAUCCUCUUAAAGGCCAAGAGUGGAAAAUCACAGAAGACGGAUUUGCAUAUGCUUCUGAUCUAGUCGCUUUCAUCAGACAGGAAUAUGGAAACUUUUUCACGAUAGCAGUUGCAGGAUACCCUGUCAAACAUCCCGAGGCACAAACAUACGAAGAUGACAUCCAAAACUUGAAAACGAAAGUUGAUGCAGGCGCCGAUGUUAUCAUCACGCAAUUGUUCUUCGAAGCAGAGACGUUCAUAAAGUUUGUUCAUGACUGUCGAGAUGCAGGAAUCUUAAUUCCAAUUAUUCCUGGAAUCAUGCCAAUCCAGGGAUACCACUCCCUGAGAAAUCUAGUUAAACUUUGUGGCCAGGAAAUACCAGCACACAUUCAAAAUGCGAUCGAACCGAUAAAAGACAAUGACUUGGCAAUUAGAAAUUAUGGAGUGGCACAAGCUGUUGAAAUGAUCCGCUCAAUCAUGGACAGUGGAUUUGAGGGCGGAUUCCAUUUCUACACUCUUAACAGGGAAGUCGCUACGACUGAUAUUUUAAAACAGAUAGGACUUUGGAACAUCCAGAGAAUCCAAAGACCGUUUCCUUGGAAGCUGGUUUCUAAUUGUCCAAAAAGACGAUUUUCUGAAGACGUUCGACCUAUUUUUUGGUCUAUGAGGCCGAAAAGUUACACUCACAGGACACAAGAUUGGGAUGAAUUCCCAAACGGACGUUGGGGUUCCUCGCAGUCUCCGGCUUUCGGGAACCUGAGCGACUACCAUUUGUUUUACCUGAAAACAGCCCAUCAGAAAGAAGAACUUCUGCAAAUGUGGGGCACUGAGUUAACAUGUGAACAAGACGUGUUUGACGUUUUCAGUGCUUUUAUUGGUGGUACGGAUAACAAGAAUAACAAAGCGGUCACUCAUUUACCUUGGACUGAAGGGGAUGAUCUUCAUCCUGAGACUGCGUAUAUCAGAGAGCACUUGGUGUCCAUAAACGCGAAUGGUCUUCUAACUAUGAACUCACAGCCCAAUGUAAUGUGUGUACCUAGCGAAGACCCCGUUUAUGGAUGGGGACCACCACAGGGAUAUGUAUUUCAGAAGGCUUACCUCGAGUUCUUCACAGCACCAAAUAAGGCGCACGCUCUUCUCUCUGUUGUGAAACGCUAUCCGAGCGUAAACUACCACUUCGUAAACUGCGACAGCGAAAUCAAUAUCACAAACUGCAAAGAUGGCAGCACAAACGCUGUCACUUGGGGCGUCUUUCCUGGAAAAGAAAUUCUACAGCCGACGAUAGUGGAUCCGGAUGCAUUCUAUGUCUGGAAGGAGGAGGCUUUCAAUAUCUGGCACGAGCACUGGUCUUCGCUUUACGAGGAGGGAUCCAGAUCGUGGCAGGUGAUUGAAGACAUUCAGAACUCGUAUGUGCUGGUCAAUUUGGUCGACAAUGACUUCCCAAAAGAGACAGUACUAUGGAGCCUAGUGCAAGAAGAUUUGGCGGCUGAAUUGGCGUCGCAAAGUGACCAGCUGGAUUAUAACCGCGUACUCAGAUCUCUCCCGGAGAACCGAAGCGUGUCAUCCAGUCAAAACACGAGUCGCCGGCCAUCGAAUAACCUACCAUACAGUGCACAGCCAACUUCCACAGGGUAAUGCAAAAAAAGAAAACCAUACUCUUCUCAGAAUAAGGACUAGUGAACUUGAUUAUCUCUCAGAUUUUAUAAAUUUCUAUUCAAUUUUAUAUCUUUUGCAAAAAAAAUUUAUUGCUUAUGCUUUUGGAUGUAAUGUUUCGAUAAAGUUUGGUAGCUGGAUUAUUGCAAAAUUAUUACAAAGAUAGCCGGUU